UCCGGAGCUCCGGCUGGAAACGCCAGGGCUGUUCUAGAAAGUGUGAAGCCCGGGGCUGCGUGUUCUUGGCUGAGCCGGCGAAGCCGCUUCGCGCCAGCGGGGCAGAUUGGGCGCACUCCCUCGGGCCGCUUCAGGAGCUGCUUGGACGCCGGUUGCCGGGAGCCAGAUCGGCUCCUGCAGCUCCUUUGCCGCUGCUACACGGAGUGGUUGUUCUCCAGGGGCUCGACUGGCAAGGCGAUCACCGCACCUCCUCGGCGGUAAUCACAGAUUUCCCAUUUAUUCAAGAUGAUUCCAUGGAUACCAUCCUUGCUGUUCACCUGCAGUAUAUGCAUGUGGCACACACAAGCAGAAUUUUUCACUUCAAUAGGCCAGAUGACUGACCUGAUUUAUGCAGAAAAAGAUCUGGUACAGUCAUUAAAGUCGUAUAUUCAAGAUGAAGAAUCUAAGCUGUUAAAAAUCAAAAGUUGGGCUGAGAGGAUGGAAUCCCUAACUAUAAAAUCCAGUUCAGAUCCAGAGGGUUAUCUUGCACACCCAGUCAAUGCCUAUAAACUGGUGAAACGUCUAAACAGAGAAUGGCUGGAGCUAGAGAAUCUUGUUCUCCAGGAUUCAACCAAGGGCUUUAUUACAAAUCUCACAAUUCAGCGUCAGUUCUUCCCAAAUGAUGAAGAUGAGAUGGGAGCUGCCAAGGCAUUAAUGCGCUUGCAAGACACAUACAAGCUGGACCCAGAAACGAUUUCAAAAGGAGAAUUUCCAGGAACAAAGUACAGAUCCUUCCUCACAGUGGAUGACUGCUUUGGCAUGGGGAAAACAGCUUAUAAUGAUGGAGAUUAUUACCACACAGUGCUGUGGAUGCAGCAAGCUUUGAAACAGCACGAUGAUGCCGAAGAGGCCACUGCCACUAAAGUAGAGAUUCUGGAUUACCUCAGCUAUGCCGUAUUUCAGCUUGGUGAUAUACUCCGGGCUAUGGAGCUCACCAGGCGUCUGGUUUCCCUUGAUCCCAGUCAUGAAAGAGCAGGCAGUAACAUGCGGUACUUUGAGAUACUGCUGCAAAGAGAAAAAGAUGAUCAGAUGUUAAAUGAGACCUCAAAUGCAAUAGAAGCAACCACACAGGGUGGAAUCUAUGAAAGGCCACAGGACUACCUUCCAGAACGUGAGAUCUAUGAGGCCCUGUGCAGAGGAGAAGGUGUGAAAAUGACUCCUCGAAGACAGAAAAGGCUGUUUUGUAGGUAUCACAAUGGAAACAAAAAUCCCAACUUGCUUAUAGCACCUUUUAAAGAAGAAGAUGAAUGGGAUAGUCCACACAUUGUCAGAUACUAUGAUGUCUUAUCAGAUGAAGAAAUAGAGAAGAUUAAGGAGCUGGCAAAGCCAAAACUUGCAAGAGCUACAGUACGUGACCCCAAAACUGGCGUACUAACUGUAGCCAGCUACAGGGUAUCUAAAAGUUCAUGGCUGGAGGAAGAUGAUGAUCCUGUUGUUGCCAAGGUGAAUAAUAGAAUGGAACAAAUCACAGGGUUAACAGUGAAAACAGCUGAAUUAUUGCAGGUUGCUAAUUAUGGCAUGGGAGGACAAUAUGAGCCACACUUUGACUUUUCAAGGAAAGAUGAACCUGAUGCUUUCAAACGUUUAGGGACGGGAAAUCGAGUGGCCACUUUUUUAAACUAUAUGAGUGAUGUAGAAGCUGGAGGUGCGACAGUUUUCCCAGAUUUUGGGGCUGCAGUUUGGCCCAAAAAGGGGACUGCAGUAUUUUGGUAUAAUCUUUUCAGAAGUGGAGAGGGUGAUUACCGAACGAGGCACGCAGCAUGCCCAGUGCUAGUAGGGUGUAAAUGGGUAUCGAAUAAGUGGUUUCACGAACGAGGAAAUGAAUUUUUAAGACCUUGUGGAAGAACGGAAGUUGACUGAAACUGACCUACUUAUUAUUUUUUUCCUUUCUGCCCACUUCUUUAUAUACAGUCCAGUUCAUUUCUGAGAAAUGACUCCUACUCUGCUAUAAAAGAAUGAUGGCACUAAUUAUUUAAAGAAAAGUCAGUGUUUGUCAGUGAAAGAAAAGUGCUCUUUUCACACUUGGUGCUACAAGUCUGUUUUUGCCCACAUGUCGCCUUCUUCAGUUUCCCUGUCCUGUUCAGUUUUUGUAACAACAACAGAAAUGAUCCUUUUGUCCAUUCAGUUCCUUUGGGGCACUAUGGUCUUGUGCCUUUUAAAUAUCCAGUGUUUUAGAUGUUAAAGAUUUCUCAUUGAUUCAGUUUUCAAAUGUACAGUUUUAUUGAAUUUCUAAAAUGUGCCAUCUUUAACAAAAACAUAAAUAUUAUUUCAAAGAA